CAAGGGAAAUCUGGCUCCAGGCCAAGCCGAGAGGCGGAGUGACGCGUGUCGGCUGCCUUUUGCCCGCCGCUCUGAUUCUGUGCGACCGGGCCUUGUGCGUCGGGCCCGGGCUAAUACGCAAGGAGGUUGCUUCUGUUCUGGAAGGGGCUUUCCCCCUCAGUUUUUGCUUCCUCGCCUUCUCUCGUGUGCUUUGACUGGCCGCUGCUCCCUGUGACUGUUGCACGACUGCUGCUUUUUAUCAUAUCGUGCAUAUUUUCAUGCAAAAUAAGCAGUAGCCUAAUAAUAAUAAUAAUAAUAAUAAUAAUAAUAAUAAUAAUAAUAAUACAAGUCUUCUGAAGACGUGUAAUGAGUAUUUAUUUAAAUUUUGAGUCAUUCUGUAAUGAGUGUCAUUAGAAUUGGAAAAUGUAUAAAUGGCAAUGAUAUAAAGCAGGCUUCCUCAAACUCGGCCCUCCAGAUGUUUUGAGACUACAAUCCCCAUCAACCCUGAUCACUGGUCUUGCUAGCUAGGGAUGAUGGGAGUUGUAGGCCAAAAACAUCUGGAGGGCCGAGGUUGAGGAAGUCUAAUAUAAAGGUUAAUUUUGAAAGCCAUGAGACGGGAGGGAAGGAAGUCGAUAGGCUCUAAGAGUCAGGGCGGUAUAGUGGAUAAUGUUGAUGUGAAUGUUGUAUAAUAUUAAAAGGAAAAUAAAAAUCACACACACACACACACAUAUAUAUAUAUAUAUAUACCCACCCAUCUGGCUGGGUUUCUCCAACCACUCUGGGUGGCUCCCAACAGAACAUUAAAAACACAAUAAAAGAUCAAACAUUAAAAACUUCCCAAAACAGGGCUGCAGUAAAGAGACAAGGGACUGUGUUUCUUUUUAUCCCAUUUACCCCUUCUUCCAAGGAGUUCAUAUGAUUCAACAUGUUUCUUUCUUCUGAUCUCCCCCUCUCCACCCCCACCCCAUUUUAUUUUCACAACCAACCUGCAAGGUAGGGCUAGGGAGAUGGACUGGGCCGAGGUGCCAACCUGAAUAAAGUAUUGGAGGGUCCAGGAAGCCCUGAAGAAGCUGCACAACUGCUUGGCAGCAAGAAUGUUCGUGUGAAUUGUUUGGAUGAGCAUGGCAUGACUCCUCUGAUGCAUGCUGCAUACAAAGGAAAAGUUGAGGUCUGCAGACUGUUGUUGCGACAUGGGGCUGAUGUUAACUGCAAUGAACAUGAACACGGAUAUACGGCUCUGAUGUUUGCUGGGCUUUCAGGCAACAAAGAAAUUACGUGGAUGAUGUUGGAGGCUGGAGCAGACACAGAUGUCGUGAACUCAGUGGGAAGGACAGCAGCACAGAUGGCUGCCUUUGUGGGUCAACAUGACUGUGUCACUGUUAUCAACAAUUUCUUUCCUCGAGAAAGGUUGGAUUACUAUACAAAACCACAAGGACUUGAUAAAGAACCCAAACUGCCAGUCAAGUUAGCUGGACCUCUGCAUAAGAUCAUUACAACUACCAAUUUGCAUCCUGUUAAGAUUGUGUUGCUAGUGAAACAAAACCCUCUCCUAGCAGAAGCUGAAGCAAUGCAGAAAUGCUACAGAGUGCUGGAUCUGAUUUGCGAGAAGUGUAUGAAGCAGAGAGAGAUGAAUGAAGUACUGGCCAUAAAAAUGCACUACAUUAGCUGUAUCUUCCAGAAAUGCAUCCUCUUCCUUAAGGAGCGAGAGGAUAAAUUGGAUGGAUUAAUCAAAAGCCUAUUAAAAGGCAGAGAUGCAGAUGGUUUUCCAGUAUUUCAAGAGAAGCUCAUCCGAGAAUGCAUUCGGAAAUUUCCUUACUGUGAAGCAACCUUGCUCCAGCAGCUUGUGAGAAGCAUUGCCCCAGUUGAAAUUGGCUCUGAUCCUACAGCUUUCUCUGUACUGACACAAGCAGUUACUGGCCAAGUGGGCUUUGUGGAUGCUGAAUUUUGUACCACAUGCGGGGGGAAAGGUGCAGCCAAAAGAUGUUCCGUUUGCAAAAUGGUGAUCUACUGUGAUCAAGACUGCCAGAAAAUGCACUGGUUCACACACAAGAAAGUAUGCAAGACAUUAAAGGAAGCCCACGAGAAGCAGGAGUUGGAAGCUGCCAAGGCAAAGAAGCAGCAAGAAGCGAAGCAAAAGAGAGAGGCAACACGUGCAGCAGAAUCUGCUUUAACAAGUGAAGAGCAGUUGGCCUCUGAACCAGGAGGCAACAAAGAAGAGGAACUAAAAUGCGUGGGAGACAGAACUGAGGAGGUGGUUCCUAAGAAGGAGGUGCCUGCGCUGUCCCCUCAGGACGACAAGGCCCUUGAAGGAGAGACUAGUCUAGCGGACAUCACGGUUGAAAAAGCUCAUGAGUCCGAGGAGUAAGAAAAGCUGGAGGGCCCAAGGCUUUAUGGAGGAUGUCCUCUAGGCCACAACAUCGGGAUAUGCAGGUCAAUGGAAUGCAGUAAUAAUGCUCACUCUUGACAUAUGCUGUGAUCCAGCACAUGUCAACUUAUUUGUCCUGUGUAACUACAUCGCAUCAUCCUAGACUGUGAUGACAAGAGCUGAACCAUCUGAUCAAAACUAUAAGAGCAUACCCAUCUGCCUUCAUGCCUGCACAAAGCGUAGAAGACUUAAAUGGUGUCUGAGAAGAGGGCCAUUUGCUAGCAAAAUUUUAAAAAUAUCUUAGACUUCAGUGCAAUAAAGCGCUUGGUCAUGAUACUGUUAGAUCAUAAGGGAUGCAACCAUCUAAAAGUUAAGUUUUUCUGGCUACUGUACAGAUUUUGAAAGCUAGUACUGCUACCAGUCUGUUUUCAUUAAACAAAAUCCUGCUCAUC